CAAUAAAGCGUGUUAGGAUCAUUGUGAACACCUUGCCCGUUACGGAACUUCUGCUGCUGACUGUACUAAGUCACUAACUGACACAACAAGCUUAGCCGCCUUGCGGUAACGUCAGUAACCGGCUUCGGAAACUUAUUGACCUUAUUGUUUUUAUUGCCGUGCUAGUGAUUGAUUCAGUGUUAUAUUCUCUUCUUACUAUGGACUUGUACUACACCGCGGGCUCCGCGCCGUGCCGCGCGGUCCUCCUGGUGGCCGCGGCUCUCGACAUCCAGCUGAACCUUAAGGAACUUAACCUGCAAGCUAGUGAGCACAUGACACCGGAAUUUCUAAAGUUAAACCCCCAACAUACUGUACCGACGCUGGUGGACGAUGGGUUUUCGCUCUGGGAGUCUCGCAGCAUCAGCCGGUACCUAAUCAGGAAGUACAAUAACAAGAAGCUGUACCCGGAAGACAUAAAGACCAAGGCAUUAAUUGAUCAACGACUGGACUUCGAUAUGGGGACUCUUUAUCCUAGAUUUGGAAAUUUCAUUUAUCCCCAAAUAUUUGCCGGAAAGCCUGCCGAUGAGAGCUUAUUCCAAAAAUUUGAGGAGGCUCUGGAUUUCUUCAACUCGUUCCUGAAAGGCCAUAAGUAUGCUGUCGGAGACACACUGACGCUCGCGGAUUUGAGCCUGGUGGCUACUGUUUCCACGAUAGAUGCAGUAGGAAUUAAUUUAGAAUCGUAUCCACGAGUUCAGCAGUGGUUUGAGCUGGUAAAGUCUACCGCACCGGGUUAUGAAAAGGCCAACGAAAAGGGCCUACAGAAGUUUAAGGCCCUUGUUGGUCAUAGCAUCAAACAAAAAACGGAACUUUAAAAUAUAAUGUGACGAGUGGCGGAAAACAGGGGAGGCCUUUGCCCAGCAGUGGGACACAUUAUAGGCUA